AUGGAGAACUUUGUUACCACAACAAAUAACAACAUCCAACAACUACAAGCUCAGAACAAGCUCAUGGAAAAUCAAAUAAUUCAACUUGAUCAUCAAAUUGGCCAAUAUUUGAAAACUCCGGGUGCCUUUUUGGGUCAAACAGAGCAACCACCAAAGGGGUUGGCUCAAGCUAAGUUGGAGAAAAAGUAUGGAAAAUGUCUUGAUAUUUUGAAAAAGCUUCACAUCAACAUUCCAUUCUUAGAUGCAAUAUCCGAGAUGCCAUCUUAUGUAAAAAUUUUAAAGGAUAUGCUCUCUGACAAUAAGAAGAUAGAGGAGAAUGCUACGGUUGCGUUGAAUGCAAUGUGUAGUGCUAAUUUACAAAAUACACUUCCUAAGAAAGUAGGCGAUCCGAUUAGCUACUCAAUUCCAAUGAAGCUUGGGGAUAUAGAGAUUAACAAGGCACUAUGUGAUCUUGGUGCAAGUGUGAGUCUCAUGCCGCUCUCUAUUUGCAAGAAACUUCAAAUUGGUGAACUAAAGCCUAUGCGCAUAUCUCUACAACUUGCGGAUAGGUCGAUUAAAUUUCCUUUGGGUAAACUUGAAGAUGUUCCUCUUCAUGUGGGAAAAUUCUUUAUCCCGUGCGACUUCAUUGUGAUGGAGAUGGAAGAGGAUGCACAUGUCCCCAUCAUUCUUGGUAGACCAUUCUUAGCCACUGCAGGUGCAAUUAUUAAUAUGAAGAAUGGUAAAAUCACUUUUGAGGUUGGCGAUGAGAAAAUGGAGUAUUCACUAUUGAAUGCUAUGUGA